AUGUCUACGUCGCCCUCCACCAGCUCUUCGGUGCUAACCGCGGCGGAGCUGGCCGAGUGGUCGCAGUCCCUCAAGCCGGUGGUGUUAGGUCUCAGUAUCACCAUGUUGGUGCUUGGCAAUAUGGGCGUGAUGCUAUGUAUCUGGGCCCAAUGGUGUAUUCAGAAGCGUCCCAUGCCGGAGGACUAUUUGCUAGUCAUGGCUGUUCUCUUUGCCAAUGUGGUCUCAAUUGCCAUAAUUGUCGCAGUGCAUUAUGGACUGGGAUACCACCUCUUCCGGGUUGAAUCUGAAGAUCCGUCGGGCAUGAAGUGGAUCUUCCUGUGUUUGUGGUUCACAGCCGCCUUUAAUGGGUCCUUGAUGCUGGCUAUCAAGAUUACCCUGCUCUUCUACUACUGGUGGCUGUUUAUUGUGCAGCAGAUCUGGCUGCGCAUCUUCUGGUGGAUAAACAUGAUAUACGCAGUGCUCUAUUACUGGGAGCGCUUCAACCUGCAGUCAACCGUGCAUGGUAGCUGCUAUAAUUCUACCACUGCUGACAGUCUGUUGCUGAUUCUGGACCUGGUCUCCGAUAUCGCGAUUCUGGUACUAUUUAUUGCUAUUAUUACUAUUCUGCAAAUGCUGCUUGCCUGCAAAAUGGGGCUCAUGAUUAUAUUUUCAGUUGGAUUCCUUACUAUUGUAUCCGUGAUUACCCGCGUUGUUGUUCUCUACAAGUCUAUGAGCCUGUACUCAGACUUUUCCUAUGUGGCCGCGCUCUUCGAGCUGCUGGACAUGAUCCAGCUCAACAUAGUUAUUAUAUGCGCAACUGCGGUGCCCAUCACCUCGGGCUUCCGUGUCGCCUUCAGCAAAAAGCAUCGCCGAGACAAGGACUGGACGGCCGGAGGUGCAAGCAGGAAUAUAUACUAUUAUAGCCAUGCCUCAGCAGCAGCACGGGCCGCAUGCUUGCGACUCGAGGAUGAAGCCGGCAGCAGCACUAAACGGCUGUAUAUGGGACACUUUACCACCAGCUGCGCCUCCAAGGACCCGGAAGAUCGGACACCGGGGGGAGGCGUGGUGUCAGCGAAUGGGAUUAUGGUGAAGAUGGAUGUGGAUAUCCGGUAG